AUGUCCUCUACACAAUCAAGAUAUGCCAAAGCCCACGAGUCCCUCGGAGGACCCGGCGAUGCACGACCAACCGCAUUACAAAUCGUCCAGGAUGAAAACCGAGUCAACGAUCUCACCGACAAGGUGAUCAUGAUCACAGGUUGUUCCUCCGGACUUGGUAUCGAGACCGCCAAGGCCCUCUUCCACACGGGAGCAACGCUAUACCUGACGGCCCGGGAUCUAGGAAAGGCCAAGACCGCAUUGGGCGACCUCGUCGAUAGUCCGCGAGUCCAUCUUCUCCACUUGGAUUUGAAUUCCUUGGCAUCCGUCCGCGCAUGUGCAGAAGAGUUCAAAUCUAAAGAGAGUACUUUGAACAUCCUGAUUGAAGAUGCCGGCGUGAUGGCAUGUCCUGAAGGCCGAACAGCCGAUGGGUUCGAAACGCAGUUUGGCACAAAUCAUUUGGCCCAUUUCCUGCUCUUCUACCUGCUCAAGCCACAGUUUCUCUCUUCGUCAACCUUUAGUUUCCAGUCCCGAUUGGUCGUGGUAGCUUCCAGCGCUCAUCGGGUUUCGUCGGUUCAUUUCGAUAACAUCACCUUAGAAGGCGAAUAUGAACCGUGGAAAGCUUAUGGUCAAAGCAAAACAGCAAAUAUCUGGACGGCUAAUGAGAUCGAGAGGCGCUAUGGCUCACAGGGCCUUCAUGCAUUUAGUCUGCACCCUGGUGCGAUCGCUACCGAGCUCCUUCGUCAUGUCUCGGAUGAACAGAAAUCGGUAUGGGACGCCGAUGACUGGCUCAAGAAGUACUGGAAGAGUCCGGAACAGGGAGCCGCGACAAGCGUCUGGGGUGCCGUGGCGAGGGAUCUAGAAGGCACCGGAGGCAAAUAUCUGGAUAACUGUCAAAUCGCAUCACCUGCUGACCCGACUAAACGACAUGGGCCAGGAUAUGCUACGUGGGCGUACAACCCGGAUGGUGAAGCAAAACUUUGGGCGAAAACCUUGGAAUUACUUGAGUUAAAGGACGAGUAG